GCAAAGGAUAAGAAAACUUCCACCGAGUUUGAGAUGGUCAAUGGCUUGCUGUUCCUAGAGAAGGCAGGGAAUAAACGCUUGUGUGUUCCGAAUAGCGAGUCUUUGCGUAGUUUGUUUUUAGGCGAGUGUCAUGAUGCCACCGGCCAUUUUGCGUAUAAGAAGACUGCAGCGGUUCUGGUGGCCCACGAUGAUGCGAGAUGCACAGCUGUACGUGGAGACUUGUCAAGUUUGUCAACGGGACAAGCCACGUACUCAGGCUCCUCUUGGGCUUCUGAAGCCCCUUCCAAUUCCGGAACGGCCUGGUGAGAGUAUGUCCAUGGAUUUCAUGGAUACUCUGAUCACCAGCAAGAGUGGAAUGUGUCACAUCUUCGUCAUCGUGGAUAGAUUUAGUAAGUAUGCUAGGUUAGUAGCCAUGCCGGAAACAGCAAAGACGGAGUACGCGAUUAGAAUGUUUAAAGAGAACUGGGUCAGGGACUUUGGUCUACCGAAGUCCAUUGUUAGUGACAGGGAUGUCAGGUUUACCAGCGAGUUGUGGAAGGCCGCUGCUGCGGAGCAGGGCACUCAGUUGCAAAUGACUUCUGGGAAUCACCCAGAGGCUAACGGCCAGGCUGAGCAACUGAACCGCGCUGUACAACACUUGUUGAGGCAUUACAUCAAGCCCAACCAGGUGGACUGGGAUGAGAAGCUUGCUCUCAUCGCCAGUCUGUAUAACAAUGCGGUACACAGCGCCACUGGGGUGAGCCCGAACAGUCUACUACAGACUUUCAAGCCUAAACUACCUCUUGACUUUCUCCUAUCUGAGAAUGAAUCAACUGCUGCACCGGGUACGUUAGAGUUCGCCUACAGAUAUGAACAGAAAAUGCAGCAGGCGGUAGAACAGAUGCAGAAGGCACAAGCAGCGAUGAUAGAGUCCGAAAACAGACACUGCCGGCCUUCUACAUUUCAGGUUGGGGAUAGAGUCUGGGUUAAGUCUUCAGAACUGGGACAGGAGUACGGGAUGUCCCGCAAACUCAUGCCUCAGUACUUUGGACCUUGGGAAGUCUUGGACAUCGUCUGGACAGAUCCGGAUGGGCCAUCAUAUGUUGUCCGGAUUCCUGGUCAUCUUCGUACUUAUCCUGUCUUUCACGCCUCCAAGCUGGCACCUUUCAAAGAAACUGACCAGUUCCCAUCUCGUCGCUCAAUGCUGCCCCCAACCAUGGACGGAGAGGUGGACAUUGAUGAUAUUGUGGAUCACAGAGAGCUGCCGGUGUCAAGACCAGCAGGCAGGGGACGUCCUCCAAAACCGAAGCUGCAGUACCGCGUUCGGUUCCGACAUCACACUGAUCCAAAGGAGGAUCGCUGGUUCACCAGGGAAGAACUCAUGCAGACCGCUCCUCAAGUUGUGACUCAAUAUGAGAGAUCCCUGCAGAAGGGAAAGCGCCCCAUGAUCCAAGAUUGAGCUUCUCAGAGGACAGUUGAAGCUAAGGAGGAGGGAAUGCAAGGCCACUGCCUCUAAGAGCCCCAUAUGGCCCCCAUUUUUGCAGCCCGUCGGCCGCCCUAAGUGAA